GAACAACUGAAACAGAGACUUGAUCAGAUUAUUUCCAAAGAUCCACUUCAAAAUCUAACAGAGGAAGAAAAAUGGUUACUUUGGUCCAAUAAGGAAAAGCUUGUUGACAUACCAAAAGCUUUACCAAAGUUUAUUUUGAGCGUGCCAUGGAAGAUGCCACAAGCUGUCUAUACUGUUCACACAUUACUUCCUAGAUGGAAACCAAUGACUCCAGUUGAUGCUUUAGAAUUAUUGGACUAUAACUUUGCUGAUGCAAAAGUUAGACAAUAUUCAGUUGAAAGACUUAAUGAAUUAGGAGAUGUUCAAUUGAGUGACUUUUUGCUUCAAUUAGUUCAAACACUUAAGUAUGAAUUAUAUCAUGACAGUAGUCUUGCUAGAUUUUUGCUUCAAAGAGGUUUGAGAUCAACACACAUCAUUGGUCACAUUCUCUUUUGGCAUUUGAAGGCCGAAAUGCACGUUCCAACAGCAAAAGAGAGACACGGUCUUAUCUUGGAAGAAUAUUUAUUGAAUUCAGGUGGUCACAGAAGAGAAUUGUUGAAACAAAACGGUGUUUUGGAUCAAUUGCUCGAUAUUGCCAUUAAGAUCAAACAUGAAAAGAAGGCUACUGUUAAUGAAGCACUUGUACAAUUACUUCAUGGACUCAAACAACCACCAAAAUACAAGUUACCACUCUCUCCACGUAUGGAAGUUAUUGGUAUCAUUCCAGAAAAAUGUAGAGUCAUGGACUCUGCAAAGAGGCCAUUAUGGCUUUGUUUCAAGAAUGCUGACGAAACAGGUGAUGAUAUUCUUGUCAUGUUUAAGGCUGGUGACGAUUUACGUCAGGAUUUAUUGACCUUGCAAGUUUUACGUGUUAUGGAUCAGUUGUGGAAGAAGGAAGGUUUAGAUCUUCAUAUGCAACCUUAUGGUUGUAUUUGUACUGGUUAUAUGACUGGUAUGCUUGAAAUUGUUUUAAACAGUCAAACCAUUGCAAAUAUUACAAAGAAGAGAGCUGGUUUCUCUGGUGCUUUCAAACAAGAUCCAAUUUACAAAUGGCUCAAAGAACAUAACGGUGAAGAAGAAUGGGAUACAGUAGUUAAUAACUUUGUACACUCUUGUGCAGGUUACUGUUCUGCAACCUAUGUUUUAGGUAUUGGUGACAGACACAAUGACAAUAUUAUGAUAACCAAGAAGGGAGACUUGUUCCACAUUGACUUUGGCCACUUUUUGGGGCACUUUAAGACAUUUGCUGGUUUGAAACGUGAAACUACUCCUUUCGUUUUCACUCCAAUGUAUGCCUAUGUUAUGGGUGGUGAAAAUAGUGUCAUGUAUGAAAAAUUCAGUGAAUUAGGUUGUAAGGCUUACAAUAUUUUACGUAAAUAUGGUCACAUGAUAAUGACCUUGUUUACAUUAAUGUUGGGUACAGGUAUCCCAGAAUUGUCAAGUAUUGAAGAUGUCUUGUGGUUGAGAAAAUGUUUAAUUCUCGAUGCCUCUAAAGAGGAAGCAGAUAAUGCUUUCCGUGAUAAGAUCAAGGAAAGUUUGGGUAAUAUUCGUGCCAGAAUUAAUGAUGGUGUACACAUUCUUGCCCAC